AUGGCUCAAGAUCCCAGAGCACUCCUCGCAAAGGCCGACAAGGCAGCUGCCUCCGCGCAGGGAGGCUUCAGCUUCUUUGGCGGUCGCCAGGAAAAGCUCGAAUCUGCCGCAGACCUUUACACUCAGGCCGCCAACGCCUUCCGAAUGAAUAAACUAGGCAGAGAAGCUGGUCAAGCUUUUGAAAAGGCAGCAGAGAUUCAACUUAAGAUCAAUGAGCCAGACGACGCCGCGAACACUCACGUGGAAGCUUACAAAGCCUACAAGAAAGAUGAUCCUUCGGCGGCCGCGCGCGUUCUCGAAAAAGCAAUCAGUCACUACACUCUAAAGGGCAACUUCCGCCGCGCCGCAACACACCAGCAAAAUCUGGCGGAGUUGUUUGAGCUUGAGUUGGGCGAUAUUAAGCGCGCGAUCGAUGCCUAUGAGCUAGCUGGUGAUUGGUUUCAAGGCGAUAAUGCAGAGGCUCUGGCGAAUAAGGUGUUUCUAAAGGUUGCAGAUCUGGCGGCUCUGGAGCAGAUGUACCCGAAGGCUAUUGAGCGCUAUGAAGGCGUUGCAAGGAGCUCAGCGGGGAACAACUUGAUGAAAUGGAGCCUGAAGGACUACUUUUUGAAGGCCGGCAUUUGCCAUAUGGCUGCUGGGGAUAAAAUCGCUGCAAAGCGAGCUCUUGAAAGCUACACAGAGAUGGACAUAACGUUCCCAAGUACCCGUGAAUGCCAGUUGUUACAAAGUAUCAUCGAAGCUGUUGAUCAAGGGGAUGAUGAGGCGUUCUCGGAUACGGUGUUCCAAUAUGACCAGCUGAGUAAACUUGAUAAGUGGAAGACCACAAUGCUUUUGAGGGUCAAGGAGACUAUUAUCAACGAGGAUGACUUGGCCUAA